UCUAAUUGAUUAUUUUUCUAAUUAUUUAAAGUUAAUUGUACACUUCAAACAGUAUCCAUCCAUAUAAUAACUGAAAUGUCCGAAACCUGCGGAUAAUAACAGGUGAUAGCGCUGAGUAGUAUAUUGAGGGUUUUGCUAAUUGCUACCCAUUGCCUAAACCCUAAUAUCUCAGACCAUUAAUCCACUAGUACCCGCUUUGGCUUCCUCCCGAACGCCGAACGAUUGCCGGCUGACGAGCGAAUCGGCCGACUUCCACCAGACCACCACCACUGUCCACAGACCUUCACUAUUUUGUGUAGGAGUCUAAAAGCUCAUUUACACCCUAAUCAGAUUGAUAUUUUGUUAUUCUCCUGCUAUACUACAUGGCUCAAUUGCAUGCUUUUUCUGCUUCUGCUGCUGCCACUCCUGGUUCCGUUUUCUAUGGCCUAAAAACCUCAGGUUUUUCUGAGGCUCGUGAUAAGCUAUGCUGCCAGAGGAGACAUACACACAAGUUGUUUGCAAACAUGUGUGAGUUUUACGGCAAUUUUGUUCGUCAAAAUAAGAGUUUCAUAAAUAAAGUUCAACAGAAACAAGCUAUCAAAGCAACUAUAGCAAGCGACAAGGAGGUUGAGACCAAUGGAAGAGGCCUACGGGGUAAAUUGAAUAAGGUGGUUCUAGCUUACAGUGGUGGCUUGGACACAUCAGUUAUUGUCCCAUGGCUGAGGGAAAAUUAUGGCUGUGAAGUUGUCUGUUUUACUGCUGAUGUCGGCCAGGGAUUACAAGAACUAGAGGGCUUGGAACAAAAGGCCAAAGCUAGUGGUGCGUGUCAAUUGGUUGUGAAGGAUUUGAAAGAGGAGUUUGUCAGAGAUUACAUAUAUCCUUGCUUACGUGCUGGUGCUAUCUAUGAGAGGAAGUAUCUUCUUGGGACUUCAAUGGCUCGUCCUGUCAUUGCGAAGGCUAUGGUGGAUGUUGCAAAAGAGGUUGGAGCAGAUGCUGUUUCUCAUGGGUGUACUGGAAAAGGAAAUGAUCAGGUCCGAUUUGAGCUCACAUUUUCUGCUCUGAAUCCUGCUCUCAAUGUUGUCGCUCCAUGGAGGGAGUGGGACAUUACUGGGAGAGAAGAUGCUAUUGAAUAUGCCAAAAAGCACAAUGUACCUGUUCCUGUAACAAAGAAAUCUAUUUAUAGCAGAGACAGGAAUUUAUGGCACCUUAGUCAUGAGGGAGACAUCCUGGAAGACCCAGCUAAUGAGCCAAAAAAGGAUAUGUAUAUGAUGAGUGUUGACCCUGAAGAUGCACCCAACACACCUGAAUACAUUGAAAUCGGCAUUAUUUCUGGAGUCCCUGUAUCUCUCAAUGGAAAGGAACUGUCCCCUGCUACCCUAUUAACUGAGCUUAACGAAAUAGGGGGAAAACAUGGAAUUGGCCGAAUUGACAUGGUUGAAAACCGUUUGGUGGGUAUGAAGAGUCGCGGUGUGUAUGAAACUCCUGGUGGUACCAUCCUUUUUACUGCUUCCCAAGAACUCGAGUCUCUAACUCUUGAUCGGGAGACAAUUCAAGUAAAGGACUCACUUGCCCUCAAGUAUGCGGAGCUUGUUUAUGCGGGUCGAUGGUUUGAUCCACUUCGUGAGUCCAUGGAUGCAUUCAUGAAGGAAAUUACACGAACAACUACUGGUUCAGUGACACUCAAACUUUAUAAGGGGUCUGUCACAGUAACUAGUAGAAAAAGUCCGUACAGCUUGUACAGAGAAGAUAUUUCAUCAUUCGAGACUGGGAAGAUUUACGAUCAAGCUGAUGCUGGUGGGUUUAUCAGACUCUAUGGUUUACCCAUGAGGGUGAGGGCCAUGCUUGAAAAGGGCAUGUAAGAUGUUUCUAAGCUGCUUAUUUUGUUGGUGUUUUAGUUGCAUUAGAGUUGUAAGCAGACCUCCUUAGCGUAUCGCAACAUCAUUUGAUUUUCGCUUUGACUCUUCAUAAAUCGCUGUUUGGAAUUUUGAAUUUAGUUACAGUUAAGCUUUCUUAA